AUGCGUGAGAUUGUACACUUGCAGACCGGCCAGUGUGGUAACCAGGUCGGAACCAAGUUCUGGGAGGUGCUGUCUGAUGAACAUAGCAUCGACGGCACCGGCAACUAUGUAGGCACAUCGCCCCUCCAGCUGGAGCGCAUUAACGUGUACUACAACGAGGCGGCGGACAACAAGUACGUGCCACGCGCCGUGUUGGUCGAUCUCGAGCCUGGCACGAUGGACUCGAUCCGUUCGAGCGCGCUGGGCCAUCUGUUCCGCCCGGACAACUUUGUCUUUGGCCAGAGCGGUGCCGGCAACAACUGGGCCAAGGGCCACUACACCGAGGGCGCCGAGCUCGUGGACUCGGUCAUGGACGUCGUCCGCAAAGAGGCCGAAAACUGUGACAUGCUGCAGGGAUUCCAGAUCACCCACUCUCUCGGCGGUGGUACCGGCGCUGGUAUGGGUACGCUGCUCAUCUCCAAGAUCCGUGAAGAGUACCCCGACCGCAUGAUGGCGACCUUCUCUGUGAUGCCAUCGCCAAAAGUGUCCGACACAGUUGUCGAGCCGUACAAUGCAACGCUCUCCGUGCACCAGCUUGUCGAGAACUCCGACGAGACCUUCUGCAUUGACAACGAGGCCCUCUAUGACAUCUGCUUCCGCACGCUCAAACUCAAGACGCCCACUUACGACGACCUCAACCAGCUCGUCUCCCUCGUCAUGUCCGGCAUCACGACCUGCUUGCGUUUCCCAGGCCAGCUGAAUUCUGAUCUCCGCAAGCUCGCCGUGAACAUGGUGCCGUUCCCUCGUCUGCACUUCUUCAUGGUCGGAUUCGCGCCUCUCACCGCCCAGGGCAGCCAGCAGUACCGUGCUGCCACGGUGUCGGAGCUUACGUCGCAGAUGUUCGACGCCAAGAACAUGAUGGCCGCCUCAGAUCCACGCAUGGGCCGCUACCUCACAGUUGCCGCGUACUUCCGGGGCAAGCUCUCGAUGAAAGAAGUCGAGGACCAGAUGCAGGCUGUGCAGAUGAAGAACUCCUCGUACUUUGUCGAAUGGAUCCCCAACAAUGUACAAACGGCCCACUGUGACAUUGCACCCAGGAACCUGAAAAUGUCCGUCACAUUCAUCGGCAACAACACCGCGAUCCAGGAACUCUUCAAACGUGUGUCUACCCAGUUCCAGGCCAUGUUCCGGCGGAAGGCCUUCUUGCACUGGUACACGGGCGAAGGUAUGGACGAAAUGGAAUUCACCGAGGCCGAGUCCAACUUGGCCGAUCUCAUCAGCGAAUACCAGCAGUACCAAGAGGCCACCGCCGAUGACGACCUCGAAGAGUACGACGGCUACGAGGGUGAGGAAGUCUAUGAGGACGAAAUGUAG